UUCACUUUGCUUCUUAUAUUUGUUGGCGAAAGUGAUUUUUCGGUUUGGUUAAUUUUCACAGAUUUGUGAAUCUUAUGUGCUCUUAUAAAUAGAAACUUUGUUUGCGUGUGUGGAUAAUUAACUAUGAAAAGCUUUUUCAGAAAAAUAUGUUAAUUUAAUUUUAAUAGAACUUCGAAUUUCAAUUGGUGAAGAAAUAUAGAAAUAAAAGAUAUAUAAAAAGUGUAUGAACAAUGGAAAUAGRAUCCCGUACGUGAGAGAUAGAUGUUGGGAGUCUGGUUAAGAGACAUCGUAAGCGGUAUUGCAGUGUGAAGGGAUUGGUAGACCAAUGUGGCCAAUUCCAAGUUGAUGCUCAGUAAUUUCCUUCGAUUCACUUCGAUUUCUUCAUUGCAAUUUUCCCCUAUUGUCACAAUGUACAUUUCAUGUCGUCGUUUAUCGUUUCUUAUACUUUCGUACUCUAGUGGUCGAUUUUGAGUUCUUGUUUUAUUAAAUUCGCUUUAUACAAUUUUAUGGCCAGAAAAAGUCAAAUGUGCUUGUAUUAUCCAAAUUACUAAAUGGAACUAUAAGCGAAUAUAAAAUUAUUUUAGAAAAAUAGGAAAAUUUAUAAUUUACGAAAAGUGUGAAAUAUUUGUAAAUUUUAGUGUUUUUAUGUGAUUAAAAUAAAAAAAAUAGAAAAAAAUACAUUUAAAAGUGAAAUCCGCCCCAAUUUUACCUGAAACAACGAUUUCAAACGACUCUUACUGCGCAGUCGACAGAGAUACAAGCGCUAAGGUUGACGCUGACGUUGCUUGUGACGACAGUUACGGUUUUGGUGAAAAAGUGCAGUGUACCUGAAUGCCCUUUACACCCGUAUUUUCAGUGGAUCCCGCUGCUGCGUUCCUUCUUGCUUGAAUUUGGCAACAGAUUUAUGCUUUCGUUUCGUCGGCGCAAAUCGAAUCGUCAAAGGUACACUGCGUAAUACUCGAGAAGCGAAAAUACACGAGCUUCGCAGCAUCAGUAGUCAGUGCGUUUACAAUUUAUAAGAAAAUAUAAACCAAACAUUAUAUUUAUAAAUACCAAUUAAAAGCUAUGAAAGAAAAGCAAACUAAGUGUCUAUAGUUUCAGCAUCAGCUGAAAUAUCAUCAUCUAGAUUCAAGACAACACCAAUAAACAGUAGACGAAGAGUUUUAGCGGAAAGGAGUGUCUCUGGCACCCCCCUUAGUGGUGUAUUUCAAAGUCUAUAGUUGGUAUAUCCAACUGAAUUGCACAACACGAGGUAAACGUGCACACUCUGACGCUGACAGUUUCGAGAUGGCUUGUUUGAACACAUUAAAAUUGGAAAUAAAAACACUGGAAAAAAUAUUUAACAAAAACCACGAGCGCUUUCAGAUACUGAAUUCCAGUGUCGACGAAUUGACAUGUCGCUUCAUUGGCAAAAAUGGCAAGCGAUAUGAUAUUCACGCAAAUAUUACGGAAACGUAUCCAUCCUCGCCGCCCGUUUGGUUUGCAGAGAGUGAAGAGACGAGCGUAACAAAUGCCGUACAAAUACUUAGCAAUACGAAUGGACGUGAUAAUCAUGUUAUAAAUCAGGUUGGCAUAUUACUACGUGAACUGUGCCGCCUGCACAAUGUCCCACUGCCACCCGAUAUCGAUAACCUCACAAUACCGUUUCAAUUGCCACCCCCAAGUGCGUCACCAUUGCAUCAGCAGCCGGCAGCGCAGCAUCAGAUCGAGGACAUCGAUUCGGAUCAAGAUGAUGUAGAAGAUCUUAUAUGCGAAAGCGAACAGGAGAGUGAGGGCGACGAGGAUCUACCAUUGGAAAUGGACGACGGACGCAGCGCGAAUAAAGUUGAGAAGGAUGAAAUGGAAGUGGAACAUCUGGCCACAUUAGAAAGACUACGACAAAGUCAAAGACAAGACUAUUUAAAGGGUUCUGUUUCUGGUUCCGUUCAAGCAACCGAUCGUCUCAUGAAAGAGCUACGUGACAUCUACCGUUCCGAUUCUUUUAAGAGUAAUAUGUACUCCAUUGAGUUAGUAAACGAUUCGAUAUACGAGUGGAAUAUACGCCUGAAAUCUGUUGAUCCUGACAGCCCGCUACACAACGACUUGGUCAUGCUCAAAGAGAAGGAGGGAAAAGACAGCAUAUUGCUGAAUAUUAUUUUCAAAGAAACCUAUCCAUUUGAGCCGCCAUUUGUACGAGUGGUGCAUCCUAUAAUAUCGGGUGGCUAUGUACUCGUGGGCGGUGCCAUAUGUAUGGAACUGCUGACAAAACAGGGCUGGAGCUCCGCUUACACUGUGGAAGCUGUCAUCAUGCAAAUUGCCGCAACCCUCGUGAAGGGUAAAGCCAGAAUACAGUUUGGUGCUACAAAGGCAUUAUCGCAGGGUCAGUACAGCUUGGCGCGUGCACAGCAGAGCUUUAAAUCCCUGGUGCAAAUACACGAGAAAAAUGGGUGGUUCACACCGCCAAAAGAAGAUGGCUAAAAACGCAUUAACGGCAUCGUAUCUUUCCCUACCCUAAAUAGCGAGUAAUUCAUGCCUAUUGAUAUACAUUUUUUUCAUUUCCUUGGUUAAAAAAAAAAAAGCAAAAUAAUUAUAUCUUAUAAAUAUACUUAAAUUAUAGUUGAUAUAAAACGCGAACAAAUCUAUCCAUGUAUACAUAAAAGGCACUAAACAUAUAAGAGGACUAGAAAAAGUUAGUAAAAACUUAAAGUAUAAGCAAAUAAUUAUAACAAUGAUCAGAUUUGGCAGGAAAGCGCAAAUAUUACUAGCAUAGUUCUAAAACCACUUUGUAAAUCAACACAAUUGGAACAGUAACAUAUUUACUUGGUAUUUGUAUAUGAACUGAAGGUUUUUGAACACAGGAUAUAUUCGUUUACCAUUUGUCAAAAGACCGUAUGCUGUUAAGAUAUUUUACUUAUGUACUUAUGUAUGUAAAUGCAUGUCUAAACUAAAUGUGUCUCUAUUUUGGGUGUAAAAAUAAGCGUCUAUAUGAAUGAAGAGCAACUAUGCUAGGGCUUGUUGCAAUUGUGAAAAGAAAAAUUUGCAUAAAUUAAAUAUUUAGUUGUAUUUAUACAGAUGUGUCAGGAUAUGUUUAGUUACACUCAGAUAGAAGAGAAAAUUUAUGUUCGGCAAAAUUUAACGCACUACCGUAGGUUAGGUAAUGUAUAUUAUAAUACCCAACGUUUGUGGAAAUAUUUAUUUAAAUAGUUUUAAAAAUAUAAAACAAUAAAGUAAUUACAAAAUGCCACAUAAUUUAUAUAGAAAAUAUUGCUUGAGAAUAAAUUUCCUUUAAACGAACUGACUACAGUUUAAUUUACCAGUUGUACUUUUUGAAAACAACUGAGCUAAAAAAUUACAAAAAAGAAAAAUCUAAACUGCUUUUAAACGAUCACAUAGAAUUGAAGAGAGCAAUUAAAAGGUAUUUUU